GGAAGUAAUGUUUUUGUUUCUGUUUUGUAGAAUGAACGACGACAGAAUACUGAGGUUUUAAGAUUCCUUCCAUCACUUUAAUAUGUUUUUACGUGAAAUUCCUAACUGACGCUUUACGACGUGAUUCACUUCGGAGGUUGGCGCACGUUUAUCCGUGAAUAUUUCUGCAGUCGUGUGGGGAUUAAACCUUGUCUUCUGGACAGGAACGUCUGUCAGGCAGUUUUCAUGGCCCCCCCAAGAAAAAGGGCUUUACCCAAGCCACUUCCAGAAGGUUUCAUUCUUACUGACACUGAGAAGAAGAAAUGGAGACUAGGGAAGAAAAUUGGUGAAGGUGGUUUUGGACUAAUCUAUCUUGCCUCCCCAGAUGUGGACAGACAUGUUGCAGCAGACACUGAUUUUGUCAUAAAAGUGGAGUACCAUGAGAAUGGCCCCCUGUUCUCAGAGCUCAAGUUCUACCAGAGGGCAGCCAAACCAGAGAACAUGCAAAGAUGGGUCAGAAGCAGGAACUUGGACGUCUUGGGCAUCCCAACCUACUGGGGAUCAGGCCUUGCUGAAUACAAUCAUCUCAGGUAUCGUUUCAUGGCCAUGGAUCGACUGGGCAGUGACCUUCAAAAGGUCUGUGAGUGCAACAGAGGUCGGCUGAAAAAGGCCACAGUCCUCCAGCUUGGUCAGGGCCUGGUGGAUGUGCUGGAGUAUAUCCAUGAGAAUGAGUAUGUCCAUGCAGACAUUAAAGCUGCUAACCUCAUGCUGGGUUACCGUGACCUUGAAAAAGUGUACCUGGCAGACUAUGGCCUGUCCUACAGAUAUUGUCCUGAUGGAGUCCACAAACCAUACAAGGAAUACCCCAAGAAGGGUCACAAUGGAACUAUUGAGUACACAAGUAUUGAUGCCCACAAAGGAGUUGCUGCAUCCAGACGCAGCGACCUCCAGAUUUUGGGUUUCUGUCUUCUCCAUUGGCUGUGUGGAUCUCUUCCCUGGGGUGAUGUUCUUAAGAACCCUAUUGAGGUUCAGGAGGCCAAGACAAGACUGAUGGAUAAUCUGCCAGACUCAGUCCUGCAGCUGUCAGUGAGCGGACAAAGCACAGAUGAGGUGGCUAGAUUCCUUCUUUACGUCAGAUCUUUGGGCUACCAAGAGCAGCCAGACUACCAGUAUGUCAAAGGGCUGUUGGCAGUUGGAGGCACAAGAAGACUCGACUUCUCAAUGCCUCAAGAUGAACCCGCAGCACCGUCAAGUGCCAAGUUACCAGAUCAAACCAGCAACAGGGGCAAGAAAGCAGUUAGAGGCAGGGGGGCAGCCAAAGCCAGUGCCGAGGCACCAGAGGAGACAAAGCCCAAAGCAGUGCCAGCUUGUUACAUAAGAGGACCGCCCCUGACAAAGCCUCGGUCCCCAAAGUUGGAACAGACGAGGUAUUCUGCUGCCAGACAGCCAUCAAGUCCGGAGCCAGAGUCUGUGGAUAGCGAGGAAGAGGAUCAGGAAGAGACCAGGCCCAAACCCAUAGCAGCGUGCUACCUCAGAGGUCCUCCUACCAGCCACAGAGCCCAGCCCAAACCGGCGAAAAGAGAAACCAAACGACCUAUCAGGACAACAGAAGACAGCAGCGUCAUCAUUACGAGGCACGAAGACAUGCAGCGACUCCGCCUACGAAUGCAUGCAGACAAAUGGAUGAACGGUGACUUUCAGAGGAACUAUGGUGAAAGAGGGUUUGAAAGGCUUGUGGAUGACAGAGCAGCAGUCUACAGUCACCAGCAAUGGAGAGGCGAUGACCUCACAGAGACUGCAGCAGAGUGGAAGGAGUCUCCUCUCAGAGGUCCAGCAGAGCACCCACACCCCCCACAGAAGAACAGGCUGCUGAUUGUCUUGGUGACCUCACUGUUGUUGCUAGCUGCUUUAGUCUGUUUCAGUGAAGGGAGUUUCUUUUCCCGAUGUUGACCACAGUAUAUUUGAAAUCCCUGUGCAGCAACGAUGCUCUUCAUAUCUUCAUCACAGACACAAUGUGGCUCCAGUGAGGCCGUGUGACAGUCUUCUGAAGUUCUGAUGGAGACUGUGAAUUCUGACACUUCUUAGGAAGUGUGUGCUGCCAUUUUCACAGUGAUGGGCUGAAAUACAACAUGCCUGGAUUUAUUCAAGGUUUAAUGAAUGACACUUCUUUCAAAAGAAUCAAGUGGGUUUCUACACUUAUUGCACUGGAGAUGUACUUGCAUGAAGGACUAGCACACACAAAUAAAACAGCCUUUGGCUUUUAAUCAGUCACAUACUGCAUUCACUAACUUUACUUACUCCUUUAUCACAAAGGGUAGCCUCCGUAAAAGUGACUGGAUGCUCCACAUUGUUUUGAAUGUACUCGGCAGCCUUUUACACGAUGUAUCGCGGCGUGCUAAUUAAGAACAGUGAAUAGCUAUUGACUGUGGGGUGAAGGUCACGGCGAGGCAGUGUGUAGAACACCAUCAGUGCUGUCAUACGUACCUUAUUGCAGUAAGGACACUCUCCAAA